AUGUUGGAAGCGGUCCUGAACACUACUCUGGCUGCGGAGUUCAUCCGUCUACCUCUUCAGGGAAGAUCCGUCUCUGAGAGUGUGAUAACUGGGAUGGAUCCUACGAAGGUAGAUCCUUCGAAUCCUAUCACACUCUUCAUCAUCCAGCUAUUCAUCAUCAUCGCUUUCACUCAAGGUUUAGGAUGGGCAUUCCAAUUCAUCAACCAACCUCGAGUGAUCGCAGAAGUCAUCGGUGGUAUCAUCCUAGGCCCAACAGUUAUGGGACGUAUCCCCCACUUCACCGAACAUAUCUUCCCGACAGCUUCCAUCCCAUACCUCAACCUAGUCGCGAAUGUCGGAUUGGUCCUCUUCUUGUUCGUCAUAGGUGUCGAAGUUGAUAUCAACGUCAUGAAGAAGAACGGUGUAGCCUGUGCGGCAAUUUCAAUAGCGGGUAUGAUCAUCCCCUUUGGAUUGGGUGCAGCAGUAGCCGUACCUACAUAUCACAACUUUGUCGACACGGAUAAUGUCUCUUUCGGUCAUUUCAUGCUUUUCAUCGGUGUAGCCAUGGCAAUCACCGCUUUCCCCGUUCUAUGUCGUAUCUUGACUUCAACGAAAUUGUUAGAUACCAAAGUCGGUGUCAUCGUCUUAGCUGCCGGUGUAGGUAAUGAUGUAGUUGGAUGGGUACUCUUGGCUUUGACUCUCGCUUUGGUCGGAUCGGGAACCGGUGCUACUGCCGUAUAUGUCUUGCUGGCUGCUGUAGGAUGGGCGAUCUUACUCUUAUGGCCUAUCAAGAAAGGAUUUGUGUGGUUGGUCAAAAGAAGUGGAUCGCUGGAACAUGGUCCUACACCGGGUAUUAUGACUUUGACCUUGUUGAUCAUCUUCACCUCGGCGUUUAUGACUGGAAUCAUCGGUGUACACCCCAUUUUCGGUGGUUUCCUCGCUGGUCUCAUCAUUCCCCAUAAUGGUGGUUUCGCAAUUGCCAUGGUAGAGAAAAUUGAUGACUUAGUCUCAUUGCUUUUCCUUCCUAUCUAUUUCGUCUUAUCUGGUCUCGCCACCAACUUGGGACUUCUCGAUACGGGAAAGAUCUGGGGAUACAUCAUCUUACUCUGUGUGAUCGGAUUCCUCGGUAAAUUCAUUGGAUGUGCUGGCGCUGCCUUAGCUAUGAGGUAUCCAUUGAGAGAAUCGGCUGCGAUCGGUAUGUUGAUGAGUUGUAAAGGUCUGGUCGAACUGAUUGUCCUCAAUGUCGGUCUCAAUGCUGGUAUCAUCGACCAAAAGCUGUUCUCCAUGAUGGUUAUCGUAGCCAUCGUGCUCACUUUCAUCACUACUCCUGGUACCAUCGCCAUCUACCCUGAACAUCUGAGAGAACGACUUCACGGUCCUACUUCUACUCAUAAAAAUGACCAUGAACAUGCGACUGUUGGUUCUGACGUGUCCUUUGGAGGAGGUUCGGGAGGUCGGGAGAACAUCUCCAAAUUCUUAUUCAUUCUACACAAGCUUGAACAUCUUUCGGCCUUCAUGUUCCUCACCCAACUACUCGAAGCUCCCGCUCCGUCAGCUGCCAGAAAACCAUUCGAUGUCUCCGAAGCCGUUGGACACGAGUUGAAGAAAGGAGAUGUCAAUGAUGGAUCGACCUCAUCAACUCCGGAGAAUGUUUUAGCAAGACUACCCACCACGACUUCGACUAAUGAUCAUGCUUCCUCACAACAAACUGGAGUGGCGCCUACCAUCGACGCCCUGAAAUUGAUGGAGCUCACUGGACGUACUCAUUCGGUCAUGCAAUCCGCCGAGAAAGAUCAACUGCUAGUCACCGACGACGCUCUUCAGCUAUUCAAGCAAUUCGGUAGAUUAAGGGGAUUAGAAGUGAAACCUCACAUUUCGAUCGUAGAGCAAGAUUCUUACCACCAGGCGGUAUCUGAUUACUCACAUGAUCUAGGAAGUGAAUUGGUCAUCUUACCUUGGACAGUACCCGUGUCAGGAACUUCGACUGAACUGAUUGAUCCUUCGAUCAUCAACAAGGAGAAAGAUACUGGAGGAAUGAGCAGUAGCAAUUCUACAUCAGCUAUGGUAUCUCAAUUCGAGACGAUAUUCGGUAAUGGAGGUAACGAUAAUUCCGGAUCACCCAUUUACACUCACUUCAUCCGUAAAGUGUUUUCAGAGUGUUCUGAAGAUAUCGCCCUAUUCGUCGAUAGAGGAUUCGGAUCUUCGAGUCCCCUUCAACCGGGGUCGGGUCAACACAUAUUCUUACCUUUCUUUGGUGGACCCGAUGAUAGGUUAUCAUUAAGAUUUGUUGUUCAACUGUGCAAGAAUAUUAACGUGACUGCCACAAUUGUCAGGAUUGAGAAACCCGACAAUGCCAAUGAUGAUGAGGAUGAUGCGGUAUCGAAUGUUGGAGGAGGUAAAUCGGAGAGUAUUCAGGUACAUCAAGCUGCUUUGGCAAGUAAUCAGUUGACCGUUGGACCUACUAACAGUGCAUACCCUGAAACUCAAGCACGUCUAGCAUCCGAUACAGCCGAUAACAUCGCCUGGACCUAUUAUUCUUCACCUUCAGCUACCGGUCGAUCUACCUCAAUCGAUAAUGCAAUAAGUAGAAUAUCAUUCUUCUCCACUCAAUCGGCUACACCUCUGUCAUUCGCGUUCCGAUGUGCCACCUCGACCAUCCAAUCUUCUACGUCCUCUUCGUCUGGAGCAGCAGGAUACUGGAGACCUAUGUUAAUCGUUACUGGUCGAGGAAGAAGAUCAUCACCUAUACAUCAUUCGCAGGAAUUGAAUAAGAUCUUGGCUGAUAAAGGCUUGAACCCAUCCAUUGGAGCUGAACUAAGAAAGACAUUAGGUGAUCCUGCGACGAGUUUGAUACUUGGUGGUGGAUUGCCGGGGACAGCUAGUUUCUUAGUCAUGGAAGCUGGUAAGAAGUAA